AAAUCCGAAGGCCAUUGUACUGCACUGAAUCAUCUUGGUGCGGUGGCUCCGCGCUCUGUUCAUGCGGUCCAGGCCGGAGACGACAAGGCGACCGCUCGCAGGUCACGGAUCACCUCUCGGCGCCGCACAGUGCCGGCGAUCUUGAUGCCCCGUACGAGCGCCGGAGUUCUAUAUCUGCUGCUAUUAUAUUCAAGCGCCGCGGUAGCUGCAACGCGCGGUCCGCGGCGCUCCUCGGUGACCUAUAAAAGGCAGCGCCGCGGGAAGCCGCUCCCUCAUCGACGCUGAUUAGCUCCUCCUUCCAGCAGGAAAAGGAAGCACCGAGCUAGCCUCAGACCAACAGAGUGCCGAUGACCGGCCCCGCCGACGAGUCCUCCGGCCAGCAGCAGCAGCAGCUGCACGUCGCCAUCUUCCCGUGGCUCGCCUUCGGGCACCUGCUCCCCUGCCACGAGCUCGCCGAGCGCCUGGCCUCGCGCGGCCAGCGCGUGUCCUUCGUCUCCACGCCGCGCAUCCUCGCCCGGCUCCGCCCGGUCGCCCCCGCGGCGGCCUCGCUCCUCGACUUCGUGGCGCUCCCGUUCCCGCGCGUCGACGGCCUCCCCGAGGGCGUCGAGGCCACCUCCGACGUCCCGGCCGGAAUGGCCGAGCUCCACCGAGAGGCCCUGGACCGGCUCGCGCCGGCCUUCUCUGCCUUCCUCGACGCCGCCGACGCCAGCGGCAACAAGGUGGACUGGGUGCUCCUCGACAGCUUCCACGCGUCCAUCGCUGAUGUCGCCCAUGAGCACAAGGUCCCCUGCAUAUUGAACAUGCCUUACUCCGCGGCGUCGUCAAUAGAUUACGGAGUUCCCGACCCCAAGGAUCUGGACAAUCCCUUGACUCCAGCAGUAAUCCGACGAUUCGUCCAGACGUUCGAGAAAUGCAAGCUCAUCGCUUACCGCAGCAGCUUCGAGGUCGAGCCAGAGUCCAUGCCUCUCCUGGCAAAGAUCUUCGGCAAGCCGGUCAUCCCCGUCGGCGUCCUCCCACCGCUCGCCGCCGCCGACGCAGCGCACGACGGCGACGCCUCCCUGUCGUGGCUCGACGAGCAGCCGUCCAAGUCCGUGGUCUUCGUCGGCUUCGGGAGCGAGUACCCGAUGACCCUCAGGCAGCUCCACGAGAUCGCCGCCGGGCUGGAGCUCGCCGGGACGCGCUUCCUCUGGGCGCUCAAGAGGCCCGGCGGCGUCGCCCCGGAGGAAGACCUCUUGCCCCCGGGGUUCGAGGAGCGCACGCGCGGCCGCGGCUCCGUCGUCACGGGCUGGGUUCCCCAGACCAGCAUCCUGGGGCACGCCGCCGUGGGCGCGUUCAUGAUGCACUCCGGCUGGGGCUCCACCAUCGAGGGGCUCCAGUACGGCCAGCCCAUGGUGAUGAUGCCCGUCCUGGGGGAUCACCUGUCCACCUCGCGGGUGAUGCACGAGCGGAAGAUCGGGGUGAGGGUGCACAAGGAGAAGGGAGACGAGGCUUUUCUUGGCGACAACAUCGCGAGAGCCAUACGGGCCGUCAUGGUGGAUGAAGAGAGCAAGGGGAUCUACGCCGCCAAUGCUAAGAAGAUGCAGGAGAUUGUGGAAGACGAGAAGUGCCACCACAGGUACAUCGAUGACUUCAUUCAGUGCCUGAGGGCCCACAAGAACUGAAAAGGGUAAGACGGCUUGGCUUUUCGUGUGACUGAAAAUGGCAACUCCCGAUAUAUGCUAGCUUGAAAUUGGUGCUGGCUGUAUAUAUAUCCACGUCUAUCCAAUGAUUAUCGUACAUUUACAUGUCUGGUUCAAAA